AGGGAGGGAGGGACAGGUGACAGAGAUGUGAGAGAUGCUCCACAGAUGAUCAACAGUGGCAGAUGUACAGGGAGAGAUAUAGACGGAGUGAAUAGAAGAACGAGAGAGUGACAGAGACUCUCAGAUGAGACAGAAAGACAGAGUGAACAAACGAACGCGAGUGAGAGUGGCAGAACGAGUCAGAGAAACACUAUAUGAGUGAUAGAGGAAGUUAGCCUGAUAUUUGUCUUCAUUUGUUUAGAAGGAUGAGUGAAGCCGGAAGCAUCUUAAACCUGGAAGACAUCCCUGAAGGAAGGUUGGAGAAAAAGGGCUCCAUCAAGAAGAAGAUAGAGAAGUUGAGGAGAUGGAGCUCCUGCAGCAUAAAGAGACCUUCUAAGAAGACUAAGACCAGAAGCCUGUCCACCGCAACAGAGGCACCAGAGGAGACCUGGGGGCUCAAGACCCCCGAGAGGAGGAGGCUCAAACCCAUCAUCGCCUCCGUCUUCGGACAGGACAGAGACCUACGGCCAGAAGAGAUUGAAGAGCUGAAGGAGGCGUUUGGGGAGUUUGAUAAGGAUAAAGAUGGCUACAUCAGCUGUAAGGAACUGGGAGAGUGCAUGAGGACUAUGGGGUACAUGCCUACUGAGAUGGAGCUCAUCGAACUCAGCCAGAACAUCUGUGGCGGCAGAGUGGACUUUGAGGACUUUGUGGAGCUGAUGGGUCCUAAAAUGUUGGCAGAGACAGCAGACAUGAUAGGAGUGAAGGAGCUCAGGGAUGCUUUCAAAGAAUUUGACUCUAACGGGGACGGUCAGAUCAGCCUGGCUGAACUGAAGGAGGCCAUGAAAAAGCUGGUGGGGGAGCAGCUCAACCAACCAGAGAUCGACGAGAUCCUCCGAGACGUCGACCUCAACGGGGACGGCCUGCUCGACUUCGAGGAGUUUGUCAGGAUGAUGUCUCGCUGACUCUCCUGGCCAGAAGACCAUGAUGACGUGACUUUAAGAGACUAGUCAGCAACAAAACCUCCUCUGUUAGAUGUUUUGGACCAGUCCUCAGUAUAUUGUUGUACAUGUAAUUACAGUAUUAUUGAUGUACACAUUUUUCAUGUUGUUCUUAGGGUAUUUGUUAGUACUUAUUUUCAUUGCUAUAGCAACAAUCCCUAAUAAUACUGUAUGUAUGUUUUGUUGUAUAACAAGUGCUUUUAAGUGCUUUUCAUGCAUUAUGUUCAAAGUGCUACGCUAUGGUUUCAAUUAACAAAUAUUGAUUUAUUGAUAGAUUAUAAAUUAUUUUUGAUUAAAGAGCAAUGAUAAUGGUCUGAUUAUAUAAUACUGAUGUUGACAUUAUCAGUAAAAUUAGAAUAAAUGUUCAUUCAAAUCGUUUCAUGUAUUUAAUUUAUUUACUUAAGAGGAAAUGAAUUAAAAUGAACUGUGUCAAAACAUUUUUAUUUAAUGAUAAAUGUUGAACUAUACAUCCUUGUUAGUUUGAUGUUUAGUAGAGGAAUCAUAUAAUAUGUUACAUGCAUUUUCUACAAUAAAAGAAUGCUGAGAUUGUUUUAUUAAAUCAGAAGUAUAUACAUACAUUCUUUACAUUUGACAAAUCUGAGACAAAUAAACAAUAGAAUAAUUCAAUUGUUACAUGAUGGAAAUAAAAUGUUUAACAUGCAUGCAUGAAACUACAGUAGCCCUCAAUACAAUGUAACUACAGUAGCCCUCAAUACAAUGUAACUACAGUAGCCCUCAAUACAAUGUAACUACAGUAGCCCUCAAUGCAAUGUAACUACAGUAGCCCUCAAUACAAUGUAACUACAGUAGCCCUUAAUACAAUGUAAAAUGACUAGAAUGUUCUCUUACAAAAACUUUCACAAUGAGAUAUGAAAGCCUUUCACUAUGUACAAUACAUUAUGUUUGCAUCUGUUUCAGAGGAUUUUUGUAAUGGUAUAAAACAUAGAAUUACAUAUAGAAUCACACCUGUAUGGAUGUAAAUCUCUAAUGGACAAUAUUUACAAUAACAUUAUGUAUAGUCUGCACUGAUCUAUAGAUCCCUUUAGUCCAUAAUUUAAAAAAAAUGAAUGACAUACAAGAUAAAACCGUUUAAUUAUAUUCAUCACAAUGAACAUUGUCUUCAUUCAAUUCUAAUCAAGAUGUUUAUACUAAUCGUGUACAUUUAUUUGUUGAAACAAGUAAUUUUUUCACAGACAAUACAAAUAUAAAACAUGUAUAAAAACGAUGCAUCAUUGUUUUUCUAUUUUUCA